AUGCCGCCUGCCACUUCCACCACCAUCUUGCACCAAAGGCCUCGGCCUCCUUACAUUAUCACAACUUCUCCGAUCUUGGCAGAAGAUGCAAAAGAAGAAUCAUAUCUUCCGAUGCACAUUCGUUCGCCAUCUGAAACACUGUUGCAGCGUAUGUCCUUACAAAAACGUUCUCUUUCUUUCCACCAUCGACAGCAGAUUUCGUCCGACAGAUCACGGGAGCUGGAAAUCCUCAAUCUAAUGGGCGAAGGGUCCUUUGGGGCGGUGUACAAGGCAAAGCAUAGGCCAUCGGGUGCGGUCGUGGCGGUAAAGAUUAUUGCAAAUGCCAGUAGUUCCGCCAGUGAAGAAGAAAAGAUCAAGGGGGAAAUUGAUAUCUUGAGUCGGUGUGACUCACCGUAUAUUGUGGGAUAUUGUGAGUGCUUUAUCAAGCCACCAACAAAGAAACCUGGGGAAAUGUGGAUCGUCAUGGAAUUCUGUGAGGGAGGAAGUAUGAGUGAUCUGUUGGAGGCGAAUAAUGGAAUUGUGCUGCCAGAAGAUUGCAUUCGAGCUGUCUGCGCAUCGAUUGUUCUUGGCUUGGAGUACUUGCAUGGUGUUGCCAACGUCUGCCAUCGUGAUAUUAAAUGUGGGAAUGUAUUACUGACAGCAGGUGGCCAUGUCAAAUUGGCAGAUUUUGGGGUUUCUGCUGAGUUGUCGAACACAAUUAACAAACGAAAAACGGUGGUUGGUUCACCAUAUUGGAUGGCUCCGGAAGUAAUUAGGGAAUCACACUACGAUGGACGUGCAGAUGUCUGGUCCCUGGGAAUCACAGCCAUAGAAAUGGCGGAAGGAUCACCACCUCACGCUAAUCUACAUCCACUUCGGGCUAUUUUUGUGAUUCCUACCAAGCCCGCGCCAACAAUGGCGGAUCCUGACAAUUGGUCUCCGGAGAUGCUUGAUUUUGUUCGUUGUUGUUGCCAAAAAGAAGCCAGUCAGCGUCACGAUUCUGCUCAAUUAAGCUCCCACCCAUUUGUUCGAAAGGAAGUGAUUGCUCUGCGAGAAAUGCACAUGGGUGAAACGUCUACAGCCGAGGCGGAUGCACGAGCAAAAUAUUUGAAAUUGGCUGAUUCCUACAAUCGAAAGCCUGGUUUGCUAGCUCUGAGACGAGUCGUAGAUCUGCUGCGGAAAAAGCUUGAUCGAGUAAAGAAGAAGCGAGAAGUCGAGAAAGAUGCUGUCAAAAGUAGUCGAUCACUAGAUACGCCGGAGCUUCCAGCACCUCAGGGUUCAUCAGGCCCAGAUGAUAUCAGCGGACUUGCAACCGUUGCCAUCAGUUCGACAGAUCAUGCGGGAAAUGGGAUCACCUAUCAGAAUGGAAGCUCAGGCCCUCUAUCACCAAGUGGUUUCAAUCCAGCUUCUGGAAUGUACUCUACACAAGCUGCUAUCGAGAUUGACCCUGCACUGGCUCACGAUGAGAAAUUCCGACAGGAUCUCUACAAGCUUUCGAAAGCUUUUGAAACUCGGAUGGCAGCGCUUCGGUCGGCGCAUGAACUUGCACAAGAGAGACUUAUUACAGAAGCCAGACUGCGGAACGACAAACCAAUGGAUGUACGAGGUUUGAUGCAAAAGGCAGCUGAAAGAAAUGAAAAGGAGCAGGAGAACCGUCGAGCAAUUGACGACGCGGCGGAUCUAUCUGUCAUGAAAGGUGUCGUUGAAACUACACCACAAUCACGCAAAGUAAAAGGGAGACAAAGUCCGAUAUCUCCAGGGAGAAUCAAUGGACGGAGGUUACAACCUGAGUCUCCUCCUGUGUUCCCAUGA